UUCAGUUUAUUGUACUGUGGAAUUCUAUAAUUGAAUUGAAGUAAUAAUAUUUUCAUUGGUUUUGUUUCGGUAAUUUGGAUUUGGAUUAGUCAAUAUAGUGUUGUCUUGAUCCACAUACACAAUACUUUUUUAUUGACGGGAAACUUGAACAUUUUUUUUAUAUAGUUAGUGUAAUUUGGGCUUUCUUUAAUUAAUUCACUUAGUCGGUCGGCGUUAUAGGCAAUCGUCAAGAGUUUUUGCAGGUUUUCUGGACUAUCGGCUGUAAUUUUUCAGUGUAGUACUGUAAUCGUCAUUCUUUCCUCUUUACUUUGUGACGGAUAUAUCAAAUGAUAUAAAAUUAUCCUAUGUAUUUUAUUAUCUCAUAAUUAAGUGAUCAGUAUGAGGAUAAGAAGGCUGUCAGCAUUCUUUUGGGCAACAUGUUUAAUUGCAUUUGUUUUUAUACUUUAUGUUGUGACUGACCUGAGCUUUAAAUUGCCUAAUAUUAAACCUGCAAUUCAAGAACUUGACGAGAGUAGGUGGUCAACAUUUGAAUCCAAGUUGCGGCGUUUGGAGAAUGAAUUAUCACAACACAAUGCUGUGGUUGGAGAAAUAAAACAGGUGAUGGACCAGAUUUCUGACCAGUCUCAGGUCUACCAUCCACCACAGAACCGGCCUAAAGAUGAGAAGAAACAGAACAAAUUAAGAGAUUACAAAGCAGUGGUUGACGGUCAUAAAGGACUACAUGUAAAAUUUAAUGAAUCAUCAUGUCCUACAAAAUUUGUACCCAAGGCUGAUAUCCAGAUGUUGUCAAUGUAUGAUAGGAUGACAUUUGAAGACAAAGACGGAGGUGUAUGGAAACAAGGCUGGAAUAUAGAAUAUAAGGAAGACCAGUGGAAUAAUAAGAAUAAACUCAAAGUAUUCAUUGUACCACAUUCACACAAUGAUCCUGGAUGGAUCAAGACAUUCGAGAAUUAUUACAAAUCACAAACAAAGGCAAUAUUCCAAAACAUGGUAGAGAAACUGCCGGAAGGUGUUGGCAGGAAAUUUAUUUGGGCGGAAAUCAGUUACCUGUCAUUAUGGUGGAGCUUGGACGCGUCUGAUAAGGACAAAGUAGUUUUUAAAAAUUUACUAAAGUCAGGCCAGCUAGAAAUUGUUACUGGUGGAUGGGUAAUGAAUGAUGAGUCUAGCUCACAUUGGUUCUCCAUCAUACAGCAACUGACCACAGGCCAUCAAUGGUUGUUCAAUAACCUAGGCUACAUUCCUAAAAAUGCUUGGUCCAUUGACCCCUUUGGUUACUCUAGUUCACAACCAUACCUUUUAAAGUUGGCCGGUUUUGACAACAGUGUUAUACAGCGAGUGCAUUAUAGAGUUAAGAAAGAACUAGCCUUAAACAGGCAAUUGGAAUUUAAGUGGAGACAGUUAUGGGAUGGUGUUGGAAAGACUGAUAUGUUUACACAUAUGAUGCCAUUCUAUUCAUAUGACAUACCACAUUCAUGUGGCCCUGAUCCAAAGAUUUGCUGUCAGUUUGAUUUCAAACGUUUACCUGGUAAUGGCGUCUCUUGUCCGCUAUAUGGGGGAUCUUGUAAGAUUAAGUGAACCCCUCCAAGAAAAAUAAUACAGAAAAAUGUCCAGGAAAGGGCCCAUUUGAUCCUGGAUCAAUGGCGCAAAAAGGCGCAGUUGUAUCGGAGCAGUGUGGUGAUGUUCCCACUUGGCGACGACUUCCGUUAUGAUCGCACUAACGAAUGGGACAAUCAGUAUAGCAAUUAUGAAAUGCUAAUAGAUUAUAUCAAUAGCAAUGAUGCAUGGAAUACUGAGGUACAAUUUGGCACUUUGGAAGACUAUUUCAAAGCUGUACACUCGGAGAUAAAGCUAUCUGACUUCCCGGCUCUAUCUGGAGACUUCUUCACGUAUGCAGACAGAAACCAGCACUAUUGGAGUGGUUAUUAUACCUCAAGGCCAUUCUAUAAAAAUAUGGAUAGAGUACUCUUAGCAUACGUGAGAGCAGCGGAAAUAAUAACAGCUCAGGCGACCACUACGGGUUCUAUUACAAAUAUAAUGUCGUUGCAACUUCGCGACCGUGUGGAGCAGGCGCGCCGUAUGCUAGCCUUAUUCCAGCAUCACGACGGUAUUACCGGUACUUCCAGAGAUGAGGUACGAGAAGAUUACGCCAAGAAAAUGCUAACAGCAAUCAAACACAGCCAGUCGGCGAUCCAACAAGCUGCCUAUUAUUUACUCAAACAACCGCCACUUAUAGAGCAGACCCAGGAGGAUAUAUAUUUCGACGUGGAUGACAUAUGGAGACGCCAUGACGAAAUACCGGGCAGGAUCACAAUAGCUUUAGACGUGGUGUCACCGUCAAGAAGAUUGGUUCUGUACAAUGCCUUGGCUUUUAAGAGGCACGAAGUUUUGACUGUUUUGGUUUCCUCGCCUCAUGUUGAGGUGUUCGACCCAGAAGGCAACCCUAUAAUGGCUCAGGUGUCACCUGUGGUGGCUGGAGAGAAGCGACUCGGGUUUGCAGCUAACAAGUUCCAGUUGUCCUUCCCGGUCACUGUAGACGCACUGUCCUUGACUAUGUACUCGGUGUCGUUACGUGACAACAUGAGUAUUAACAAGUAUACAGCUUAUUCUCGGGUUCGUGUAUACAACGCGGACUACUGGACAAUAGAACUACCAAAGAUGUUCCAAGUGGAACAACCUUCAGCGCGGCUCAAUGAGGACGUGACAGUACAGGCUGGGAACAGCACACGAGUGGUUGCCAACAUGAACGGACUUCUCAAGGCCAUUGUAUCUUCGACUGGUGGAACCACGCCCGUUCAUAUGGACUAUGUGCAGUACGACACUCAAAAAGGAAAUGACAAUAACAGUGGUGGCUACUUGUUCAUUCCGGCCGGUCCUGCCCAGCCGUUCAAAGCGGAUCCUUACCCCGAGAUAGUAAUUACUGAGGGCAUUUAUAAAUCGACAUUAUAUUCUUCUCUCAAUGGACCUAGAGCUGCUGAGAUAGUGCUAGCUAUUUCAGUAUACGAUAACCCAUCGUUACCGCAAGCUGAGGUGGAGAUAAGCAACACUCUGCUCAUCGAUCCGAUAGUAGACGACAUAGAGCUGGCUAUGCGAUUCUCCACCGAAAUCAAGAAUGGAGACGUCUUUUAUACAGAUCUUAAUGGCAUGCAGAUGACAAAACGUCGGUAUUUUGAGAAGCUGCCGCUUCAAGCCAAUUUCUACCCGUUACCAACGGCGGCGUACAUUGAAGACGAGAAGACGAGGUUCACAUUGCUCACCUCCACGCCGCUUGGCAUGGCCGCGCUGCAGCCCGGACAAAUGGAGGUGAUGCAAGACAGGAGACUCAGUAGAGAUGACAACCGGGGAAUGAACCAGGGCGUGCUUGAUAAUGUUCGAACACGCCACACCUUCCGCGCCAUUGUGGAGCAUCCUACCGCGUCCUGUACGCCGGGCGCAGUGAGCGGGCGGCUGAGCGUGGGCGCGCACGUGUCGCAGCAGCUGCAGCUGCAGCCGGCGCUGGUGCUGCACCACGCCGCGCCGCACCUCGCGCCGCCGCCCGCCUACUCGCGGGCCGCCGCCGCCCCCGUCGAUGUCGUGCUCGCUUCCUACAGGGCGCAUGUCUCCACUAAGAUCAAAAAUGGCAAGCCUACACAGGGUUUGGGAAUGACCUUCCAACGUGUUUAUUUAGACAAUUGUUUUGGGAACAAGGAGAUAAGCAAAUGGUAUCCCACUGGAGAUGGGCAGGUACAAUUAUCCGAAUUAGUAGAGGUGCGGCCGGAUGAAAUAUUUGAGAGCUCACUUACUUUUAUGCACAUAGGCAAAGCCGUACCAGAGGGUGUACUCACGCUCUGCCCCAUGGAGAUCCGUUCUGUUUUUAUUAAUCAUACCAUGAAGCACGGUUAAAUUUUAAGCAGGAUAAUCAUCUUUAUUGUACGACUACCAGUUAAAUGUGUUGUAUAUAUUAUUCAUGUACAUAGUAUUUGUUAAUAUUUUACCACAAAUAAUGACUUUUCUUUUGACAGUAUCUAACAAACAAAAUACUCAAUCACUCCAGAAGCUUUAGUAAUAUCGAUCGAAAUUAUUGACUACAAAAGUACAGUUAUUAUAUCUCAAAUCGUGAGAGUACCAACACUAUAAAGAGAACAUAUGAUAAGAUUGUAGACUAUAGUCAGAGAGAAACAUAAAAUCCUAUUAGGUCAAAGUGUAAUAAAUGUGAUACCACAGAUGAAAAAAAACGAAGAUUGGCUACUUUGUUUUCUUGAAUUUUGUUGCUGUAGACCCUUAUGUAGAGAGCAAAGGUUAAACGUAAAUGUCGUCUUUCGUUAUUUUGAGAGGCAUUUUAGAAGUUCUCCUUGCGGUAAAAGUCAAAAGCAUUUAUUUAUAUAAAACGUGAUUAGCCAUUUAUGUAAUUUAUUAUUUCUUAAUAUUCCAAAUGUUUCUAAUUCAGUGUGCUGUAUCUUUUAGGAACAAUUGUUAAUAAACUCAACCCGAAAUUAUAAAAAAACUCAGGUUAUUUUUAAAAUAAUUUUGCUUGUACUACUUGAAACCAAAAAUGUUUGUUCAAUAGAUUCUCAGUUAUGAAUAAACUGUGUAACAUGAUUAUAUUCUUUCCACGUAUUUAAGCAUUUUUAAGUUAACAAAUACAGAUAUAGACUGUUUUUAUUUAAAAUAUUUAUAAUGCAGAAUUGUUGUUACUUGUAAAGAACUAAAGAACCUUCAGUAAAUGUGUAAGGAUCAUAAAAAAUAAAAUUAUUUUUAAAUAAUCCAUUCAAAGAACUUUCGUUGACGACUAUGAUAGCGUAU